GUAAUCAGUUACAACAUGGCGAGAAAUAUUACAGGUUUUGUUAAAGCUCAAUCGGAUAAUUUACCAAAAUUAAACGUUUUAAUGGUUGCUGACUUUUUUAGUGAAAAUGAAUUUUUUAACGUGGCAGAGACAAGAGGUGUUAAAGCUAAAAGGGCUGAAGAUAAAGAUUAUGGUGAUGCAGCUGUGGGAUACGUUGAAGUAAAACGUGAAGGUAAUUUCUGCCAAGUCCGAGGGAAAAUAUGUCCUGAACAUAGAGUAAAUAAUAAACCUUACUCUGUAUCGAUGCUUGUUAACGAAGAGAUAGACAAGGUCGAAUAUGUUCGAUGCGAAGACUGUGCAGCUGUAUAUGACUUACAUUGAAAUGGUGUUCACAACAAAACAAACUACUAGUCAGCGAUAUAGUUGAAGCAUCAGUUCGGCCU